GACAAACGGCCUCUAAAAACCACCGAAGAAGUAAAGCAGACGCUUUGCCUCCGCCACCAUGAAGGCACAGAUGGCAGUUUCAGCCUCUGGCUUAGAAGAAUAAACCUUUUUAUUUCUGAAAGUGCUAAAUCCACUUCUUGGACUUAAGUAGAUGCGACGCCGAAUCAAUAUCUUGGUCCUGCAGAAUGUCCAAGAUCAGGCGGAAAGUAACAGUGGAGAAUUCAAAAACCAUAUCUGAUAGCAGCAGCAGCAGCAGCACCACGACCAGCAGCACCAGUAACCCCGCCGCCCCAUCCCGCCGGCCCAGUGUGUUUGAAAGACUUGGCCCCAGCACUGGGAGUAAUGCUGCUGAUAGUCACUGCAGAAAUUGGCUGAAGACCGGUAAUUGCAGUUACGGCAACACUUGUCGCUACACACAUGGAACUCAGCCACGAGGCAAAGGAUUUAGCUUCAGCCGGUCAGCUGAGAGACCCACAGGUGAUCUGCGGGAGAGGAUGAAGAAUAAAAGACAGGAUGUUGACCCAGAAAACUUGAAGCGUGACCUAGACGAGCCCGCAUCCCCCACAGCUAGACAGAGAGACUCCUCCAGAGGCCGACACAGGGAAAAGGAGGAUAUAAAGAUCACAAAGGAGCGCACCCCAGCCAGUGAAGAAGAGCCUACAGAGUGGGAAACCAAUCGCGAAGACUCCGAUAUCGGUGACUACGACUACGAGUUAUCCCUCGAGAUGAAACGCCAGAAGAUUCAGCGUGAGCUGAUGAAAUUGGAGCAGGAGAACUUGGACAAGAGGGAGGAGAUUAUCAUCAAGAAAGAUGAGACCCCCACAAAAACAAGAGCCCAAGCCAUGCCAAAGGCCUCCCCAGAGCCGCUAAGCAAGCAAGACUCACCCUCAUCCCGGAAGUCAACUGGGUCCCCAAAACACAAAAGUGGAAACAAAGGACCAGGCUCUGGAAAGAAAGAGAAGAAGGCAGUUGUGCCCUCACCAGUUUCAGAAUCUACCAGGCCUUCAAAAGGGAGCCACAGUAAGAAAAAAGGGCCCCGGACCCCCAGUCCCCCUCCCCCGGUCCCUCUAGAUAUUCCUGUGGUUGGUAAAAAACACAAAGGAAAGCACAAGAACAAGGAGAAGUCUGAGGAAAAGCAGAAGGAUCGAGGGAGAGAGAUUGAAAAACACAAAGAGAAGAAGGAGAAACGCAGGGACAGGUCCGACAGUUCCCACAAGGCCAAGCGCUCAAUGACAUCAGAGGAGCGUUCCGGCAGUGUGUCCUCUCCCUCCAGGGGCACUACACCCACAGCCAGGAAGAAGUCCACCUCUCCGAAAGCUUUGUCCCACAAGAUCGCCGCACUGGUCUCCCCUCCUCGCAGGUCUCCCACCCCCCCACGCCACCAGCGCACCCCCACUCCUCCACGCCACAAGCGCACCCCCACUCCUACUCGCCACCAUUCGCCCUCCUCCCACUCGGGUUCCUCUGCCCAGCGGAACUCUUCGUCUCCUCGCCGCCGCCGCUCGUCCUCCCCCGCCUACCACCGCGGCGCCGCCGUCCUGACGUUGGCCUCCUCCCCUCCGAGCUCCCGGCGGUCCCGGUCCCCCCCCGCUUCCCACAGCGCCUCCUCUCCCCACCGCCGGUCCGACCGAUCGAGCCCCGGCCAGCGCCACUCCAGGGGCCGCGAGAGGAGCCGCGGGGAAAGAGAGAGGAGUCCGCCUGCUCAGGAGCGCAGGCAUGAGCGCAGAGAUGAAAGCCGCAGCAAGCGAGAGAAAGAGCGUGAUGAUCGGGACUACGAGCCCGAACCGGUCUCAUCGCGGGACACUCGCGAUGAUCGGGAGACCAGAGAGGCUCGCGAGCGCCGGGACACUCGCGAGCGAGGAAGGGAUACGGCCCGAGAGACCCGUGACCAUCGAGACAACCGGGACGUGAAGGACACCCGAGAAAUCCGAGCAGAGACCCGCUCCAGCCGAGAGUCCCUGGAGCGCCGUGACCGCGAACGGGAACGGGAGAGGGACCGCGAGAAGGAGAGGGAGAAAGACCGAGAGCGAGAAAAGGAGAGGGAGAGGACUGACAACCACCGGAAGGAGGAUCCGGCUCAGGAGGACAGGAGUUAUGGCAGAGGUCACGGACGGGAGGAUGGGGGCAGAGCUGAAGGAAGGACGGAGAACAGGAUGGACAGGACCGAGAGAAACAGCCGAGGGCGAGGGCGAGCCAAUGAAACGUCUGACAAAGGCUCAAACAGGAACUCCCGGGGUUCCCAACUGGAGAGCGGCCAUGACAACUGGGAGUCCCGGAGCAGCGGCGUGCGCGAGCGGAGUGUAGAGAGGAGCACCGAUCGCAGCGCUACCGAGCGGAGCUCCGAGAGGGGCUCGGAACGAGAUCGCUAUGAGGGGGACAGGAGAGGAGAUCAGGCCAGAGACUCCUCAUACGACAGGAGAGGAGGGCACGGAGAGCGGGAUCGAAGAGACAACAGAGAUAGAGGCGGAGAUCAAAGAGCAGCCUCUCCCGUCAGACACCAGGGGAGAUCAGAUGAGUCUGAGAGGGAGGAGAGGAGGGAGGACCGCAGGACAGAUAGAACGGAGGAGAGAAGAGAUGACAGGACCCGUGACCGAGAAAGAGAGCGGGAGAGGGAGAAGGAAAAGGAGAAGGAGAGGGAAAAGGAGCGAGAGAAGGAGCUGGAGAGGGAGCGGGUCAGGGAGAGGGAACGAGAAAGGGAAAGGGAGCGGGAGGAGCGGGAACGCGAGAGGGAGGAGCGGGAGCGCGAGAGGGAGAGGAAGGAGCGCGAGAGAGAGCGGGAGCGCGAAAGAGAGAGGGAGCAACGGGAGCAGCGGGAGCGGGAGAGGCAGCGGGAAUGGGAGGAGCGGGAGAGAGGGCGAGAGGAAAGGCGGGAAAGGAGAGACGACACCAGGGACGACCGCACGGUCAGAGACGACCGCAAGACGAGUCGCAAGCGGCCCAGGGUGGAGAACAGCCCGAGCCCCAGAGCCUCGCCAAAGCGAGCGACCCGGGACGUCAGCCCUGCAGACAGCGACGGCUACAACAGUGCAGAAGAAAAAAGUGAGCGGGCAAUUGGCCGGGGGCAGGCCAAGCUCCACCCUCAGCCCCUCCUCCCAACCCCAGUGUGUCUGCAUCCACCUGACAGUGCCGACAAGAACCGCUUGCUGAGCCAGGUAGUGCGGCCCCAGGACCCUCCGUUGCGCUCCCCGCCGAGGGCCGCCCCGUCCGACGAGAAGCCCGCGCACUGGAAGGACGACGAGCGCAGAGGAGCCGGGGACAAAAGGGAAGCACGCGGCCGCCAUGAGGAACCGGAGCCUCGCGGGGAGCGGAGCAGAGGGGGCGACAGGCGGGGAGAGCCCGUCGCGGAUGCACCGUCUGACUCCCGCAGCCGAGGCAGGGAGCAGCGAGAGGCCACGCCGCCACCCCUUGCUCUGGCCCUCGCCACGGGCAGCGAGGAUAGAGACGGCUCCCAAUCCCAUGAGGAGGGUAAAAAGAAGACAAAGUCGCAGAAGAAGGGGCUGAAAAAGGUUCGCAAAGAGGAUGAGGUCGGCGGCGCCAACAUUCCGGCAGCUGCAGAUCGUUUCAAGCCCGAGCCCCCAGCCGGCGGCGCCGCGGAGGGACCGCCACCCGUACGCUCGCCCAAGAAAGGAGCCAGGAAGAAGGCACUCGAUCGGAAGAGGAAACGGUCACGAGAGGGGGAAUCUGACGUGUCGGAUGAGGAUUUGUCUGCCCCUCAGCCACAGAACAAGAGGAAGCGUGGGCCCCGGACGCCGCCGCCGUCGAUGAGGCCGGAUCCCCGUGCUGCCGUGGCCAACAUAGAGCCAUCUCCUCUACCCAAAAUGGACAACUUUAGUGACUGGUCAGAUGAGGAGGUCACGGACCGAGCGGCACCGCUGGAAACGCAGGCUCCUCCGGCACCGGCCGAGCCUCUCAAGAGAGGCGCUGGUCCCAGAGUGGGCAGGGACAGGGAGCGGUGUCACCCUCCUGCCAUCGCUCCCCUGCUCCCCCAAGAUCCCCCGAUGCUGCUGCCUACUCUGACCCCGCAGCCGCUCAUGUCGCAGCCGCUGCUCCGCAAGCUCCCCCCGGAGCAGGUGCGCAGCAGCAGCAUGGGGAGCAACCAGAGCCGCACGUCGUCCAGGCGCCUGCGCUCUCCCUCCAUUGAGUCGGCCCACCGAGACGACCCCCAGGGUCCGCGCGCCCGCCGGGGACGGCUGCAGGGCGCCAACUCUCGGGACCGGGAGAGGGAGAGGGAGAGGCCGGUUGUGGGCGAACCUCCGGUGGCCGAGAGGAAGUCUCGAAUUGACCAGCUGAGGAGAGCCGAGCCCAGUCGCAGCACCUCCUCAGACCGUCAGGACUCGCGCAGCCACAGCUCCAGGCGCAGCUCCCCGGACUCUGAGAGGCCGGCCAGGUCGGGGUCCCGCGCCGGCUCCUAUGACAGUCGAGAGCGGGAGAGAGACAGGGAGACAUUUGAGCGGGAACGAGACCGAAAGGACCUGCGGCCUCAGCAGCCGCAGCAACAAUCCCUGCCUCUGCAGCCACAGCAGCAGCAGCAACCACCACUACUACAACCACCACAACAACAACAACCACCACCACAGCAGCAGCCUCUGCUCCUCCAGCAGCCCCUUCAACUGCAGAGAGACUGGGAGCCCGAACCCAGGGACUGGCCCAGCAGAGGACGGGAGCCCCUUCUGAUGCGUCCUGGCCGGGAACCUCUCCUGAGGGAGCGGGACAUCAGGGACAGGGACCGCUUACUCCCCGAAGGACUCAUCCAGCAGCACGAGCGAGAGAGGGAGCGAGAGAGGGAGCGAGAGAGGGAUAUUAGAGGCGGCGGCGGUGAUCGAGAGAGGGAGAGGUUGAUGAUGAUGGACCUACUGCCACACGGGGACCUCAGGCUCGCAGGACGGGGAGACUUGCGUGGGGACUUGCGGGGAGACUUGCGGGGAGACUUGCGAGGGGACCUGCGAGGUGAUCUGCGGGGUGACAUGAGGGGAGACCUGCGGGGGGAAAUGAUGAGACCAGAGAGAAGUGACUUUGAGCCAAGAGAAUGUGCCUAUGUGCCAAGGGAAGUCUUCAGCUCUUUAGAGUUGGAGAAACCCAGCAACAGUCACCAUCUAAUGGGAGAUCAGAGGGAGCUGGAGAAGACGGACAGCAUUGAUGGAGACGAUGACGCAAAAGAAGAUGACGGCCAGUCAGUCACCUCCGUGGGAGAGGAGUAUGAACCAAUCAGUGAUGACGAGCUGGAUGAAAUACUGGCUGACAGCCAGAAAAAAGAGGAUCAGCAGGAUGACGAAAAAAUUACAGGUCCUCUGGAUGUCAUUGACGUGGACUGGUCCAGCCUGAUGCCCAAAACGAAGCAGGAGCCCCGGGCGGCGGGGGCGGCGCUGCUCCGCUUCACUCCAGGGGCGGUGCUUCUGAGGGCGGGAAUCUCCAAGCGCCUCGCUGGGCCCGAGCUGAUGGAGCAGGUCAGAGAGGUGUGCAAGUCUGAGCUGGACGACCCCAAAGAUGCCGACAAGCUGUUUGAGCAUGACCUGGGGGCUCUGAACAUGGCCGCUCUGAACAGGCGGGUGGAGAGGGCGGGUCUGCUGAGAAACCUCGGGCCCUGCUGCAAGGCCCUGUGUGCCCGCAGGGACUUCGCCAUCCGCCGACAGCUGUUAAAAAACGACAAGGGCCUAACCAAGCAGUACCCCGCCACUCCUGUGGUGGACAACGAGCUGCUGCAGAUGAGCAUGCGUCUCUUCAGAAGGACCAUGGCGGGCCAGGCCGCGGCCCCAGAGCAGUCAGACGGCGGCUCCGUGACGGCGGCCGAGGUGGCUCCUGCCGGUGGUAGUAAACUCAGCACGGCACAGCCCGAGGUGUGUGCGUCUUGAGAGAAAUGGGGUUUUUCAAAUAGUCGAAACGCGUGAAAUUGAGCAUGUCCGACUUUCCCGUCUCAUUUCAUACGCAGCAUUUUUAGUCAUGAGAGGAAAUAAAAGAAAACGGCAAAAUUGUGAAUCUUACUCAGUCAUGCAUUACAUGUAUUUGAUGAUCUUCAAAGUCCUGCGCCAUAGACAACUGGACAUUUUAGCUGGUUGUGAACCAUGUAUGAGAGGCAUAAAACCCUAAACUACUUCUGUUUCGUGUGCAUUGCUAUGUUUUAGAGCAGCUUUUUAAGUGUCUGUUUCAUCUGCCUAACCAUGUUCAAAUUCCUUUAUUGUGCAUUGGUUACCACGACUGAGAAUUAAAAUGGUUAGAUGUUAAUUUUUGUAAUGGGUCAUUUGCUUUGUAUGAAGGGACUAUUCAGCCUCAAACUAUGUGAUAAUUGGUGUUUUAUAUUUUUUUCUGUUUGGGUCAAGUUACAAAAUAUCUGCAGUAAAUGGCAGCAUGUUUUCUACAGUUUCCCCCGACCAACAACACUGCCUAGCUAUGCCACAUUGAAUUGAAUUUGAUACAAAUGUUAGUCUUUAGAGACAUUUUAUUGCUUUUUGCUUGAUGUUUGUGUUGAAUGGUUUGCUGAUGUCUACAAACUGAA